AUCUGAUUCAAAUCAUAUCAACAACUCUCUUGAUCUAACGGUCGUAAAUUCCGGUCGGAAGAUAUAUUAAAACAAUCAAUAAUAGAUUACUUUGUAUUGAAGUCACAAUACAAUCUAACAACUACUGCUUUUUCUUGAUAGUGAAUGUUCAAGCGUAAUAUAAUUGGUGUAGAAUCAUUAAAUGAUUGUACUUCUUGAUUUUACCACUCACCAAACAAAAAAACAAAAAAAAUCUUGUAUUCAUGGGAUAUUGAGAGAGUGGAACAUCCUAGCAAUUGAAUCAUACUUAGAAAUGAUAAUUGAAUUCGAAUUUUUUGGGUGUCUAAUUCGGUUCAAUUAGGAUAAGUUGGAUAAACUUAUGUGUUAAUUGGUUUUGAAUAACUUGCGCGUUUUACUCACUUUGGAAAUUGAUUGGUUGGAUUAGGAGCUACAUUUAUCACAACUCAGCUCAUUUUCCACCUGAUUUGUACCGAAAAAAGCGAAAAGACAUUGUUGUGUAUGCAGUAUGCUACACUGAUAAUAUGAAUAACUUAUAGAAGUUAUAACAAUAUAGUCUUAUGAACGUAAAUAAUUUAUGAAAUUUAUUAGUGGUUAUUACAAAUGUAAAUAAAUGGUACAUGAUUCAAAAAUCGAACAUCUCCCAACAACUCGAGUUAUUGAAAUUAACUGAUUCUUGACAUCGUAUCAAAGUCUUCUCUGAGUGAGAUGUCUUCUGUUCGAAUCUCGAUGACCAUCAUCUAUUUCUAUUCUGUUAAGCACAUGAUAUCCGAACCUGUGCAAAUUUCAAAUCCGUUUUGAGUCAAAUGAAUGUUUUGAGUCAACUUUCAUUUGAGGGGGUGUGUUAGUAAUGGUAUAUGACCCUUAAUCAAACUUCUAUCAACAACUCGAGUUAUUACAACCAACCGGUUCAUAACAACGAUAUAACUGUAACAUAAAUCUUCGAUAAUAUAAGAAUGUAAAUGUUUGGAGAAAUUAUUUGUGAUUCUUCUCAAUAAACCAUAGAUAAGCAUUUGUUGAAUUUUCUCUAACAAAACCCAUCAAUAUUUUGUGUGCAAAUCAUUUUCAUGCUUUUAGCUACUCAUACUAUUCCCACCCUCUAAAAUUAUAAAAAAAAAACACUCAUCAAUUUUUCCUCCUCCCUUCCCACACUCUUAAAACUCUCUCACUGCCUUGCUCCCUAUGUUCUCAAGCUCUCACCGCCGUCCCAACAACAGCCGCCUCACCGCCGCCACCUCCUCCUCCUCCCCCGCUCCUCCUCCGGCAACCAUAGCCAGCACACCUUCCUCCUCCUUCUCCUCUGCUAGCAGAGGAGCCCAUGCGGACCACCACCACGAUGACGACGAAACCGACGACCACGAAACCGAAGUCACGAUACGUGACAUCUACGCGCUGACCCCGCCGCGCCCCCCGCCACCGCCACCGCCGCCGCUCAGCCGCCGCUCCUCGUCGCUGAUGAGCAGCGGCGAGCUGGGGACCACCGCCUCGAGCGAGAACUUCACCACCAUGAGCAGGGAGUUCAACGCCCUCGUCCUCGCCGGCUCGGCCGCCGACACCGGAGGAGGGCCGGAACACGUCACCGCCACCGCCGCCGCCGCCAACGUGAACAACUACUUGGCGAGGAUCGGAGAGGACGACGACGACGUGGUGGUGGAGACGAACCCUCUGGCGAUCGUCGCCGAUCACAAUCCGGUGAUGGCGCCGUGGGGAAGGGGAGGGUCCGCCGCGUCGUCGUCGGCGGCGGCGGCGAUGGGCGGCGGAGGGGGAGGAGUGUCGACGGUGGGGAGGGUGAAGAAGGAGGAAGUGGAGACGAAGAUCGGCGCGUGGCAGAACGAGGAGAUUGCGAAGGUGAACAACAGGUUGAAGAGGGACGAAGCGAUUAUUAGCGGGUGGGAGAACGAGAAAGUGCAGAAGGCUAAUGCCUGGAUGAAGAAGAUUGAGAGGAAGCUGGAGGAGAGGAGGGCUAGGGCACUAGAGAAGAUGCAGAACAAGGUGGCAAAAGCACACAGGAAAGCAGAGGAGAGGAGGGCAUCUGCAGAAGCCAAGAGAGGAACCAAAGUUGCCAGAAUCCUGGAGGUGGCCAAUCUGAUGAGAGCAGUUGGGAAAGCACCAACCAAGAGGUCCUUCUUCUGAAAUAGAUGAGAUAUAUAGAUAAUGAUAUAUAGAUAUAUCUCCCUCUGCUCAAAGAGAAACCCAGAAAAGGAGGUUACUUGAUAGCCAAGUUAAGUGGGGAGGGUUGUUUGGUCCUGUAUAAUGUUUUGAAUUGCAGGGCAAGCAACCGUAGAUAAGGACACCAUUAUGGUCAUGGCUGGGAGUGGAGUGGAGUGACAAGUGAAGGACUAAAACCACAUAGCAAAUAUUUUGCUUCUUGUUGUGUGUGUUGAGGUGUUUUUAGGGUUUUUUUCUGUUGUUGUUUUUGGUACUGUACAGUUGUAAUGUUUCUACUCUGUAAAUAUACUAUCCAACAAAACAUGUACUUUCAUCGAUAGAUUAGCGUUUGGUCGAGUAUUACCUGAGGAUAUUUACAUUCCAGACUCGUUUGUUGGUAGAUCGACGUUUGAUCUGAGUAUCGCCUGUGGAUAUUACAUUCCUUGGCAUCCUCCCUCUAGUGGCCGAGCAUUUGUCUUCACCGACUGCAAUAUCCUCAUUCAAGCUGUUAAAGAAAGCUGCUUCCUUUUUGGCCUUGGAAAUGCACAGCCUGGAUUUCAACAGUAGAGUACAUCAUCAACUCUUACUUCUGAAUCAUUCACUCUAUGAAUACAUAAGUGUGAAGUUAAUUGAGCUGCAAAUCUGUUGUUCUGAAUCAUUCACUCCCUCAAUUAUAACAAAUGAAAGUAGCUAUUCUUAUAGGAACAUGUAUUGUUAAGCAAAUAUCGAUCGUGGAUGAUCAUUGAUUACAUUAGAUACACAAAUUAGUGUUACUUGUAACCUCUCGGCUCUCAGCCUAUAUUUGAAUUCAUAUUACUCAUUGUUGUACAUUCAUGUACAUUGGUAACAGAAAUUUAGGGUUAUAUAAAGUAUAUACCUAUAAAUACAACAUUUCGUU